AUGCACGAGAUUACCAUCGCCACGCUCCUCAUUUCUGCGGUGGGUGCCAGUGCACAGUCAACUUUGACAGAUGCCACGGCUGCGGUAACACCCAACAGGACGAUCGACGCCGCAGCGUCCACCGCGUCGCCUACAGGGAUCCUGAAGUACGAGCCGAGCAAGGGCGGUAACUACUUCGUAGGCGGCAUGUACGCUCUGUUGAGUGCGAUCAUCUUUGUCCACAUCUAUCGACGCAAAGAUCGCUGGGCACUUUGCCUGCCGAUCGGAUGUGUCUGCUCCGCCCUCGGUUUCUUCGUACGUCCCUCGAUUGACCCUUACAACGUAAGCCUAGGCCUCUACAUUGUUCAGAGCAUGUUUGUGGUCAUCUCCCCGGCCGCUUUUCUCGCCUUCAAUUACUUGCUAUACGGGCGAAUGAUUCUUGCAGUUGACAAGGAUUUCGGAAGCUCGGCAAUCGAAGCACACGAGCUCGAGAGUCGGCCUCUGACAGUGACACAAAAAUUAACCAUACUGCACAAAGCUGGUGGACCCAAGACGGAAAAGUCGCGCUUUUCAUUCAUCCCACCCCGCAUCGUGGGCCGCGUGUUUGUUUGGAGCGAUGUGAUCACAUUCAUAGUACAAUGCGCAGCUGGUGGCCUUCAGGCUAGCGGCGGCAGUGGCAACCAGAAAAUGGUUGAGUUUGGCGACAAGCUCUUCCUUGCGGGCGUAAUCGUACAAGGACUCUCGUACAUCCUGUUCACGCUGCUCCUGACUUAUGCUACGUGCCUGGUGAUGAGGGAUGGUUCUCGCGCAAAGGCGGGCUUUGUGCAGUCGAACACGAUUCUGGGUCUGGAAAAGCCUAUAUUUGCACUGGUUGCCGGGCUGUAUUUUUCAUCCAUCUUUAUCAUCAUUAGGUCCGUGUAUCGUAUGAUCGAGUUCUCUCAAGGCUACAAUGGUUAUUUGGUCUCGCACGAAAUUUACCUUUUCGUCUUGGAUGCUGCUCCACUGCUUCUGGCAGUCGGGGUAUGGGCGAUCAUGUGGCCGUCGAUACUUUUGGAACGCAUCUUUGACAAGAGGUUCUCGCGGUACGAAGAGUAUGCUGUGUCAAAGACAGCUUCAUAG